AUGUCGCAACCAUACGACCGCCUUCCUUUAGCCAACCGUGCCACAUACAAUGAGCCGCUUUCCACACGAGACCGGCCCCCUCGUUCGCGCGCUCCAGAAAUGGAACCAUUGCAGGCUGACCGUCCCUUCAGCCCUGCCCGUGCAACAUUCAUGGGGCCCGCUCUACAUGAAUACGGCUCGUCCUCCAGACAGUCUCUUGCUUCCGUAGAAACUGCACCCUCCAUACCCACAGAAGAUUACCCAUCUGUAUAUGCUCUCGACCCAAAUCAACGCAACAGCGACCAAGCAUCCAGUUUCUACGCGUAUAACUACCAUGACGAACCACAAUCCAUCGACUAUUUCGCCUCCGUUCCACCAACUCUGGAGAGCAAGCCUCCCGGGAUGAUCAGCACUCCUUACUUGAACGAGAAACGCGGAGUCUACGCGUCUCCCCGCUCUCUGACGAAGCGGAAAGCAAUCAUUAUCGUCUCCCUCGUCGCGCUGGCGAUUGUGAUUAUCGUGGUCGUCGUAGCCGUGUACUUUGGUGUCGUCAAGCACAAUUCGUCCAAGUCAGACGCCGCUACGGGCAUUUCGAGCGGGAGCUCCAAGACGUCAUCCUCAGCAGCGCCUGUUUCCAGUAGCAGUGGCGCUGCAUCCAAGGGCUCGUUGGUCGUGACCGGUGGUGAUGGUAGCAAAGUUACUACAUCCGAUGGUUCGACCUUCACCUACCAGAACUCGUUCGGCGGAUAUUGGUAUUAUGACCCGACAAAUCCUAUGGCCAACUAUGCGCGAGCACAGUCAUGGACUCCCGCUCUGAAUGAGUCAUUCAACUAUGGUGUUGAUCAAAUUCGAGGAGUCAACCUCGGCGGUUGGCUGGUAACAGAACCCUUCAUUGUUCCCGCCCUGUACCAGAAGUAUCUUAAUGCUUCGACAGUUGCAGUCGACGAAUGGACUCUUAGCGAAAACAUGGCCAGCGACACUGCCAGCGGAGGUCUGCAACAACUAGAAGAUCAUUACGCCACCUUCGUUACAGAGCAGGACUUCGCUGAGAUUGCCGGUGCUGGUCUCAACUAUAUUCGUAUACCUCUUCCCUACUGGGCUAUCGAGACCCGCACGGGUGAACCGUUCCUGGCUAAGGUGUCCUGGACCUAUUUCCUGAAGGCAAUCGAGUGGGCGCGCAAGUAUGGUCUGCGUAUUAACCUGGACUUCCAUUCGCUGCCAGGCAGCCAAAACGGCUGGAACCACUCUGGCAAACUCGGCAGUAUCAACGUGCUCAACGGCCCCAUGGGCCUCGCUAAUGCGCAGCGGUCGCUGGAUUACAUCCGCAUCAUCGCCGAGUUCAUCUCGCAGCCGGAAUACAGCCCUGUGGUCGCCAUGUUUGGCGUCACCAACGAGCCUGUCGGCAGCACCAUCGGCUUCCAGAACUUGGCCAGCUACUAUGUGCAAGCAUAUGCGCUCGUGCGUGAGGCGAGUGGCAUCGGUGCAGGCAACGGCCCCUUCAUUUCGUUCCAUGAAGGCUUCUUCGGCCUCGAGCAAUGGGUUGGCUUCCUGCCAAACUCGGACCGCACAUCUCUCGACAUCCACCCGUACAUCUGCUUCGACGGGCAGUCUGCCGCAAACUACAGUCAGCAACUUACAGUGCCAUGCUCGACGUGGGCCGCGAACCAGAAUAACUCGAUGAGCGCUUUCGGGCUGACGACCGCGGGCGAAUUCAGCAACGCGAUCAACGACUGCGGCCUGUGGGUUAACGGCGUCAACCUCGGCACGCGAUACGAGGGUACGUACACGGGAUCGUGGCCCGUGAUCGGCAGCUGCACCCCGUGGACGGACUGGCAGAACUGGGAUGAGCCGAUGAAGGAAUCUAUCAAGCAGUGGGCGCUGGAGAGUAUGGACGCUCUGCAGAACUAUUUCUUCUGGACGUGGAAGAUCGGCAAUUCGUCCACGACGGGCGUCGUCGAGUCACCGCAGUGGUCAUACCAACUCGGCCUGCAGAACGGGUGGAUGCCCACGGACCCCAGGCAGGCGGAUGGACUGUGCUCGCCCACCACACCCUUCGACGGCACCCUGGAGUCCUGGCAGACCGGUGGCGCCAAUGCGGGACAGGUGCCCGCGACCGCGACGGCCUCGUAUCCCUGGCCGCCGAGCGCUAUCAGCAACUCGGGCUACUCAACGCUCGUCAAGGCCUUCCCGUCGUACACACCGACGGGCACGAUGGUUACGCUGCCGCCGCCCACGAUGACCGCAAGCGGGACAAGCGUGAGCGUCGGGGAUGGCUGGACGAACCCGUCAGACACCGCGAUGAUGAACGUCGCUAUCGCGUCAUGCAGCUACCUCAACCCUUGGGUGGGGCCGACCGCCCCGCCGUCGCCGCUGUGCUCAUAG